AUGCCGUCUAGUCUCCCCACAAAGCCUCUUCCAGUGUAUUAUAUCGGCCAUGCUGGUGUAGGGCUGCUUUUCGACGAUCGACCCGUCACCCAAUCCGCGCGUGCCAAUUUAAGGGACAUUGGAAGAGAGAUUCUUUCCAUCUCCCCGCGUCCAAAAGCAAUUAUUGCCUUUAGUGGCCACUUUGAAGCGGGCGAGAUUCACGGGCCGGGUGUGAUUGAGGUCAAUGUCAAAAAGAACACAUACAUCCAACACGACUUCGUGAAUGACUUCCACGACUCCAGACCGUCAGUUUAUGAGUAUGACUGGCCGCAUCACGACGCCCCAGAUCUAGCAGCGGAUGUGUGGCGGCACCUGGUUAGGGAAGGGAUCAAAGCUAAACGCGUAGAACGAGGAGUUGAUCAUGGUAUAUGGGUGCCAUUUAAAGUCAUGUUUCCCGAGGAGAGGCCAUUGGAUGUGCCCUUGAUCCAGGUUUCUACGUUUCAUGGCUACGACCUCGCCAGCCAGAUUCGUCUGGGUGAGGCCAUCCAAUCAUUACGACACCAUGGCUAUCUUAUUAUAGGCUCCGGCAUGGCUGUGCACUCCUUCGCUUCUAUCCAGGAGAUUGCCGAUGCGGCAGAUGAUGAGCAGAGAAAGAUCGUACGGGCAAAGGUCCUCGCCGAGUCCAGGUCGUUUGAUACGCAUCUGAGACGGGCAGUGACGAAGAACAACGCGAAAGAGAGGAGGGAAGCCCUGCUAAAACUAGAAGGCCUGCACGAAUUUCGCCGCUCCCAUCCUACUGUUGAGCACUUCACGCCUCUCCUUGUCGCUGCUGGGGCGGCUGGGGAUGCAGAGGUGGUUCUGCUCGGUGUUGACUUGGUCGAGCCAGGAAUGUCCUAUCUUAACUUGGGUUUUUAUUAA